GAAGUGAAAAAAAAAAAAAGAAUCUCUUUUUAUUCAUUUACAUUUAAAAUAAAAAUAAAAUAUAUAUAUAUAUAUAAAAAAAAACCAUGUCUGACAUGCCAAACAUGUUUAGCGAUAAUAAUAACUUUCAAAUGACACUUUGGAUGGGAGAUCUAGAUCCUUGGAUGGACGAACUGUUUAUAAAAAAUGUUUGGUUAUUACUUGGAGAGAGUGUAGUGGUCAAAUUGAUUCGAGAUAAAAGAACAAGUUUAAGCUCUGGUUAUGCAUUUAUCGGAUUCUCCUCUAGUCAAUCAGCCCAAACUGCUUUAACAAAAAUUCAUGGCACUAGAAUACCAAAUUCGAAUAAAACAUUCAAGUUAAAUUGGGCAUCGGGUGGUGGAAUUUGUGAUAGAAAAGAGGAUCGUGCUCCCGAGUACAGCUUAUUUGUUGGUGAUCUAAGCAGUGAUGUGGAUGAAACAUUUCUUUUGUCUGUCUUUCGUUUGAAAUAUCCAUCAUGUCAUUCAGCAAAGAUUAUGACAGAUCCAUUAACUGGAAUCUCUCGUGGAUAUGGAUUUGUACGAUUCUUAAACCAAAACGAGCAGCAAGAAGCAGUUGUCGAAAUGAAUGGUGUCAUCUGUAGUGAUCGACCUAUGCGAGUCUCCUUUGCCACACCAAAGAAUAACCAAACACGCUAUUUACAACUAGCAUUACAAGCACCUGCUUUAGUACAACAGCCUACAGAUCCAACUAAUACAACUGUGUUUGUAGGUGGAUUAUCUUCUCCUGUAACUGAAGAAGAAUUGCAGUAUAUUUUCUCUCCAUUUGGCGAAAUAAGCUAUGUCAAGAUUCCGCCAGGUAAAGGAUGUGGAUUUAUUCAAUACGUACACAGAUCAUCCGCAGAGAGGGCGAUUGAAAGAAUGAACGGAUUUGCCAUUGGUACUUCACGUAUUAGAUUAUCUUGGGGAAGAUCUCAAUCAGAUAGAAUUCCUACUUCGCCUAUUUCAUUCUUAUUUGACCAUCAUCCCAGAAUGAGUCCUGCAACAACCACAACCACAUUAUCAACAAUUAACAAUCAUCAUUUAUUAGGCUCUUUUAAACCUUUAUCUCCUCCUCAACAACAGUACAAUCCACAUCAAUUAUUAUUCAAAUCACAAGAGGAUUGGUUGAACGGUCCCUUACCAAACGACGAAGAAGACUGGCACUUGAAUUGAACCUAUGCUUAACAUUUAUUAUCUCUUUUUUUUUUCUUUUACUAUCUACUCGCUUCUUAUUUAUUAAUAUCUUUUUUUUCUAUGUAAUCCCUUGUUCAUUUCAUGCAAAAAAAAACACACACGCUUUGACUGUAAUUUAUCCCGUCCAUAUUCAUUAUCUUUUUUUUUUAGUAAAUAACUUGUUUUAUUAUCCUUUGCCC